GGCGAGGCUCCUACUAUAAAGCGAGGGUGAUGCAACGCGCCGCCGAGAGCUGUAAGUUUCUCAGCUGAGAGAGAGAGAGAGAGAGCACGCCGAGCCCGGACCCGUCCACGCGCCCUGCUCACACACACGGUUUCAGAAUGAUGCUUCAGCAUUCCGGACUGGGUUUCGGUCCUUCAGAAAUCAGCGCCUCUGCCCUGGUGCCCUGUCUGUCUCCGCCGGGCUCCCUCACGCUCGACGACUUUACCACGUUCAGUCCGCUCGUCAAGGAGGAGCUGCGCUCCGCCAUCCACAACAAGCGCCUUUCCAGCGGCAUGAGCGCCACCCCGAGCUCCGGAAGCUCCAGCUCGGGCCCGUCCUGCGAGCCCCCAGUCAAGAGAGAGUUUACCUCUGAAGAAAAUGAUCGGAGGAAAAGAAGACGAGAAAGAAACAAAAUUGCUGCUGCCAAAUGCAGGAACAAAAAGAAGGAGAAAACAGACUGUCUGCAAAAGGAGUCUGAGAAGCUGGAGUCUAUAAACGCUGAGCUGAAAGCUCAGAUCGAGGAGCUAAAGAACCAGAAACAGCAGCUAGUCUACAUGCUCAACCUGCAUCGGCCAACCUGCAUCGUGCGUGCCCAGAACGGCCAGACUCCAGAGGACGAGAGGAACCUCUUCAUCCAGCAGAUCAAGGAGAGCACCCUGCAAGGUCUAAACCUGACUACCGUCGGACCAGUGCUUGCCACCACUGUGCCAACCACAUGUGGCCAUCUCUAAUGUACAGACUGCGAGGCUCUCGCCGUAAAGUUUCAGGACAUUCUUUGCCAAGGGGGAUCACAGAAUCCUGUAGGAGACUACAAAUAAAGACUAAGGACUAAGAAGAAGGUGGGUGCACCCCACAUACUCUUGAUGUCUCUCUGUAAGCAGUCUGUCAAAGCACUAACAUUGAAAGACAUUUGAUGUGUUUAAUGUUGUAUACUAUUUAAAACUGUAAAACAACUGUCAAAUAACAAUUUCAUGCUGUUCUAUAUGUGCACCAAAGCGUGAUAUCAUGUCCCCUAAAGUGACGUGAUUUCAUUUAUAUAGACAUAUGUUGUCAUGUAUAACCUUGUUAAAUAUAGUUUUGUGAUGCUAGCGGUACCCAAGGAGGAAUAGUACUGUAGUAAUAAAACUGAAUACACUGUGUUUUUAAGAAUGAGGUGAGGAUUGAUAUGCUCCAUGUCAUUAAAUGGAACAUACAGUUAUUUUUCCAGAAUGAUGCAUAAUUCAGUGGUUGAGAUGCUAACAAGUCAGCAUGUGUAAUUUGCUGGAAUUAAUUAUACACAGUGGCAGUGAUAGAAAGAGCAUUAAUCUGGCCAAUUUAUUAAGAACCUAAAUGACAAUGGAAUUUACAUGUAAUGCUGAUUAAGUUAUUAAUAUUAAUUAUGGCAAUUCAUGUCAACUAUGAUAAAACUGCACUUCUCAAAACUAUCAUAAAUAUAUGUCUCGGACAUCAACAUAUUUGUAAAUUUUUCAUGCAAAUGCUUUCUCUAAAUUGGCUUUAGAAGCACUGAACACUUUAUAUACCUGGUUUCCAUCACUACCAUUGUGAACAUAAAGUCACUCUGAAUUACUGAACUAAGUCUUAACCAUUUAAUUAUGCAAAGAAGGGUCAGUGGAGACCAUUUAACAUAGGUGGAAGUAGGUUUACAUUUUGUAGUAAAUUAAGUAUAAAGUUAUUAAUGUGGUUCCAUAGAUCUGUGUGAUUCUGCUAUGUUAAUUACUGUCUCAUUGUUAUCACUGUUAUCUGCCACGUGAAGAUAUUCAAAGCUGCUACACUAAUUUCUCAGGAUGUGCAUGAUCUAUUGCAGGAAACUGAGACUAAAAAGGAACAAGGAAAUAGAAGCAAUGUGGACUUUGCGAUUGCAGUGUGACUGCUUUCUACCCAAGGAUUAGAGCAAAGAACAAGUUACAUAGAAGCCGGUUUCUUCUUUUGAUCUUCAGUCUUCUAGUUUGUUCCUUGUGUCAUCCAACAACAUUUUGUUACAGUGCUGUGAGUGCGGUGGCCAGGCACUGUCUACUGUUCAAAAGUAUGUUUUUGUGUUUGACAGUAAUAAUGUAUUGUGUUUUGAAAUGUUAUAUUGUAUUUUUUCACAUGAUGUAGAAGUAUGGUUCAACCUAAAUGCACAAAACCCAUAAACCUUAAAAGAUAUUUCAUGGUUUAAAGCUCUUAAGAUUUAAGUUUUCAGUUAUGGUCUUAGCACUCCUGUUUUAGUGUUGAUCUGCAAAAAGCUGUGGAACAGAAAUCACUUGUAGGCCUGUAGUAGGUGACUGGGUAGUUUAGCCUGUGGCUAGUAUUUCCCAACUGAAAGUGACUGAAAUGCACUGCAUAUUUUAGUACAAACAGAAUGGCCGAAUCUGUUUUUUUUUUUUACAGUUGUAGUUCACACCACAGUAUUGAGCACUAGGAGCAGUUUUAUGUAUUUAUUUAUCUAAGAUUAAAGACGCAGGCGUCAACAGCUUGUUUUGUUUGUAUUUGAGGUACAUGUUUGAAAAGGAAUGGACGGUGGUACUACUGCCUGUCAUUACCAAUAUGAAGAUAAGCUUUCGGUGGUCAGGCGUUUAAGUUUCAGCCAUGUUUCACCACAUCAACCUGUUCACAUGCACUUAUAACAAUGUAAAGUUUUGUUUUCAUGAUCAUGUUAAAGUAUAACCUGAAGUGUUGUAAAAACUAAAAUGGAUUAUUUUUUGCUUGUGUUUUUGACACUUUGACACUUUUAUGAGUUGGAAGUGACCAGCUAAUCCUAUGUUGAUCAAUUUCAGUAUUGAAAAAUACUGACAUAUGUAAUAUUUAUGGUUUUAAUAUUUUAUAUGUUUGUUGUUUGCUUCAUACAAUUUACUUUCUAUUAUUAUUUUCUCCAGAAAUACUGUUUUUGUUAACUGUGAUGGUAUGCAAAAUAAAUUAUUUUUAAAUCA